AUGGAGCAGAAGCCACCAACCUGCAACCAGCUCGCGCUUGAUGAGCGAAGACGGAGGUUGCGUUCUGUUCGAAAGCUGGGCGCCACAUUGGGUGAAGCCCCUAUCAUCUUGGAUUGUGCAGAGCGCCAAAGCGCCCAGCAUCCCCCGGGAUUGAAAGCGUCGCGGACGGAGGUGAUGCAGUUCGUUCUGCCAGAGCUAGCGCGGUCGCUAUCUCGAAGCAGUGACAAGGCAUACAAACGUGCAGGUGUCAUCUUCGCCGUCCCAUCCCAUUCUUCUAUCGCAUCUUCCUCGACGGCGUCGGCGAACAGCGUCGAAGCUGUCACUCUCACGGAUGGGAUCCGGCUGACGCUAUCGGACCAAUCCCUGCAAGCUAUUGUGUCUGCCACGCGCAUCCGCCUUAUCCUGGCCUUGACGCAAUCCCCAUCCUCAAUUAGCGAGCCAGUCGCCAGCCAAUCGACGGACUCGCUCCACGUCAGAAGAUUGCUUUCCUUUGUCAUAUCGUCGCCGCCACCUGCGUCCGACGAACACAUCGUGCGACGGAGGAAAAUGAUGAAGCUUGCGAACUUGCUGGGAGGGCCUGUCCCCACGUCACUCGUCUUUCCUCCCUCGGACUCCACGUGUCGCAGUAGAGGACGGGCCGGAACCACAGCAGAUCGCCGCUCCCGUCGGCGCUCGAAGUCCGUCCCCCCGGCCCAGCAGACUGUCCAGCUUCCCGGCGCAAACCGCAACUUGCCGCUUCCCGCACUGACGGUCGAUCUCAUCUCACGUCCUCGGCCUUUGGCAGCGCUCGCACCUGCUUCUUCUCCUCCUCCUGUGGCGUUCGACAGAGCCAAGACUCUCCGUCACCGAUCGCAGUCUUCUUCGCGAAUAUAUAAUCUCCGGAGAAGGACGCGAGAUUUCAGCAUCGUGCAUGCUGACUACUGA